GUCCAAUCACAGCUGAUCUCAUGUAAAUAGGGAAAUGUCAGUUAUUGGCAUUUCUCUCCUCAUGAGCUGUCACGCUGACAGCUCGAGAGGAGAGGAGAGCCGGUAAUCAGCAUCCCUCAAAGGGUACAUGUGCACUGAUCAUCAGGGUACUGAUGAUCAGUGUGCCCUGAUGAUUUGUAUAGCCCCAGCAGUGCCACCUGUCAGUGUCCAUCAGUGCCAGCUGUCAGUGCUCAUCCAUGCCACCUGCCAGUGCCCAUCAGUGCCACAUCAAUGCCACAUAUCAGUGCCUACCAGUGCACAUCAAUGCCACAUAUCAGUGCCCAUCUGAGCUGCCUUUCAGUGUCACCCUUCAUCAGUGCCACCUAUCAGUGCCAGUCAGUGCCGCCUAUCAGUGCCAGUCAGUGCCGCCUAUCAGUGUGCAUCAGUUCCGCCUAUCAGUCCCGCCUAUCAGUGCCAGUCAGUACCGCCUAUCAGUGCCAGUCAGUGCCGCCUAUCAGUUCUGCCAGUCAGUG